AUGCGUGAGUGCAUCUCCGUCCACAUCGGCCAGGCCGGUAUCCAGGUCGGCAACGCCUGCUGGGAGCUCUACUGCCUGGAGCAUGGCAUCCAGCCUGAUGGCCAGCUUAUGACCGGCGAGAAGACCUGCGGAGGAGGCGAUGAUGCCUUCAACACCUUCUUCAGCGAGACUGGCGCUGGCAAGCACGUCCCUCGUGCUGUGUUCCUCGAUCUGGAGCCAACCGUGAUUGACGAAGUCAGGACCGGUGCCUACAGGCAGCUGUUCCACCCCGAGCAGCUCAUCUCCGGCAAGGAGGAUGCCGCCAAUAACUUUGCCCGUGGUCACUACACCAUUGGCAAGGAGAUCGUCGACCUCUGCCUUGACCGCAUCCGCAAGCUAGCUGACAACUGCACUGGUCUCCAGGGCUUCCUUGUCUUCAACGCCGUCGGUGGUGGUACCGGCUCCGGUCUCGGCUCCCUCCUCCUGGAGCGUCUGUCCGUGGACUACGGCAAGAAGUCCAAGCUCGGCUUCACGGUCUACCCGUCUCCUCAGGUGUCGACCUCCGUGGUUGAGCCUUACAACUCCGUGCUCUCCACCCACUCGCUCCUGGAGCACACCGAUGUCGCCGUUCUGCUCGACAACGAGGCCAUCUACGAUAUCUGCCGCCGCUCUCUGGACAUCGAGCGUCCCACCUACACGAACCUGAACCGUCUCGUGUCUCAGGUCAUCUCCUCCCUCACUGCCUCCCUCCGCUUCGACGGUGCUCUGAACGUGGACGUGACUGAGUUCCAGACCAACCUGGUGCCCUACCCUCGCAUCCACUUCAUGCUCUCCUCCUACGCUCCAGUCAUCUCCGCCGAGAAGGCUUACCACGAGCAGCUGUCCGUGGCUGAGAUCACCAACAGCGCGUUCGAGCCUUCCAGCAUGAUGGCCAAGUGCGAUCCUCGCCACGGCAAGUACAUGGCCUGCUGCCUGAUGUUCCGUGGUGACGUCGUCCCCAAGGAUGUCAACGCCGCCGUUGCCACCAUCAAGACCAAGAGGACCAUCCAGUUCGUCGACUGGUGCCCUACUGGCUUCAAGUGCGGUAUCAACUACCAGCCUCCCACCGUGGUGCCUGGUGGCGAUCUCGCCAAGGUGCAGCGUGCUGUGUGCAUGAUUUCCAACUCCACCUCUGUGGCGGAAGUCUUCAGCCGGAUCGACCACAAGUUCGACCUUAUGUACGCGAAGCGUGCAUUCGUGCACUGGUACGUCGGUGAGGGCAUGGAGGAGGGUGAGUUUUCGGAGGCCCGUGAGGACUUGGCUGCGCUGGAGAAGGACUAUGAGGAAGUCGGUGCUGACUCCACCGAGCCUGGUGAUGAUGAGAACGAGGAGUAUUAG